AUGGAGAUGAAGUUACUGUUGCUUCUGGUGUGCAUUCCUGGGAGCGUGAAAUCUGGAUUAGAAGUAGAAUCUUCUUCUGGUGGAGUAAAAAUAAAGUGUGCAUCUCAUCAAAUACUCUAUAAAGGAGAGUUCCUAUUGGCCGAUAACAUGGUACAAUACCAAGACAGCAACACAGGCGAGUACGUGUGUAAGAAUUCAACAGAGGAGCAGAAGAUAUUCGUCAAAUUUCGAACCUGUGAAAACUGCGUGGAGCUGGACGUCAUGUCUGCCGCGGGGCUGAUUGUGGGUGACGUUUUGGCCACGGUUGUGAUCGGAGUGUCUAUUUUUCUCAUCGCAAAACACUCUCAGACAACUUCUCCCAACAAAAAGGGCUCUGACAAGCAGCGUCUUGUUCCAAAUGAAGCAACCAGCGAUCCUUAUCAGCGCUUGAGAUUCAGAAAUGGCCAACGGGAGAUUUAUGAUGAACUGGCGAGAUAG